CUCCUGGUGAGUAGCCCUGGAGAGGUACUUGCCAGAGGUGUGGGGAGGGUCAGUGGUGUGGGGACACGUGCCUGUAGCCUUAGCUGGAGGAGCACGCUCUGUCUCUUCCCACACUCGGCGCUGCCCUGUGCUGGCACAGUUCCCUUCCCUUUGCAGAGCAGAGCCAGGCUCUGCCCCUGCCUCGCAGCCUGCGGAGGGGCAUGCAGGAUCAGCCUAGCACAGCACUUCAGCCUCUGUCUGAUUGCUGAAUGCUCUGGACAUGUAUGGUGGAGGCCGGUUUCCCUCCUAAAGAAAGCCAUGGAGUCCCACUCCAGAGCUGAGCCCCUGUUUCUCUCGUGCUGUCUGUGGUUGCCUCGGCCCUGGGUGACAGCAGCCGCGCACAUUCUGCCCUGCGGGCACUGUGGGCUCUGCACCGCAUGAUCCACCCUGCUGUUGGAGAGCAGUGGAGGGUCAAGAUUCCCAUCCUGCUCUCGACUAUUGAAGCUUCAGGAAAUCCUGAGACCUCCCAGGACAAUGUGUGGUGGGAGCACCUGCUGCUGAAGUUCCUGAACAUGACACUGAAGAGCAUUGCUGACGAUGCCUGGAGCAGUCAGCUGAGCCUGGAGCUGCAGCACCAGACAGCCAGUUAUGCCUGCCCCUCCCCGGAGAAGGUGUGUGCUCUUGGCAGCGGCUGGGUUUCUGCAGCUGUUUGGUGGUGCUGUGGCAGGAGGCUGCAGAGAGUUUCUCUCCACAGUUUGCGCUUUUCCGUUCUAUUUUCUUGA